AUGUCGGACGGAUUGCACCGGAAACGACCUACGCGAGACAAUGGACAAGCUGUUGCUUCAACCGCUGGUCCCGGGGUCGGAGGGCACCAGAGUAACGGAAGAGGCUCUGGAGUGACAUCAGGUUUGACAAGCCUACCACGACGACAACGGCACUUCAGAAUGGCUACAUGGAAUAUCUUUUCACUCACAGGGAAGCACCAGGAGCUUAAGAGCGAAGCAAAAAGAUUCCAAUUAGAUAUAAUUGGUGUUUCGUCUACUAAGCAAAGAGGUAGUGGAACUGUGGAUCUUGAGGAAGGGUGGCAACUUUUCCUGUCCGGAGUGGCACCGGAAAUGUCUGCACAGGCGGGUGUGGGGAUACUCACAAGCCCUCGGCUGUCAGACAGGGUUUGUGAUGUCUGGACACACAGUGGGAGAGUGAUGGGUAUCAAGAUCAAACUUGAGAGAUCUUCCCUGGCGGUGUUGCAGGUGUACGAACCGAACGCAUCGUCAGAGUACCCAGCUUUCCUAGAUGAAGUGGAGGAAGUCCUGAAUAAGGCAUCUUCUGAAGCGGAUUCAGUUGUGUUGUUUGGGGAUUUCAAUGCCCAUGUUGGUGUUGACUCUGAGACAUGGAGGGGUGUGAUUGGGAAGAACGGGGAUAAGAGUGAGAACCCGAACGGUAAAAUGUUGCUGGAUUUCUGCGCAAUCAAAGGUUAUUCGAUCAUGAAUACCUUUUUCCAGCACAAGGAGAUUCAUAAAUACACCUGGGAAGACACAAAACGAGGACUUAAGUCAAUAAUUGACUUUGUCCUGGUUCCCGGUGUUGAUAGAAGAAUUGUCCAAGACGUUCGAGUUUUUAACAGUGCUGAACUGUCAACUGAUCACCACCUGAUCUUUGCAAAAAUUAACCUCAACGAAGAUCCUCCCGCUCUACCUAAGGGUAAGAGCAAAGUGCUUAAAUGCAUUAGGUGGGAGAGUCUCAAGAAGAAAGACGUUGAGGAAAAAUUUGUGAAGGGCAUACAAGAAAGGUUUGAACAAAUUCCACAGUCUCCUUCUGACAUUGAGGCUGAAUGGGCCUGCUUCCAAACAGCCAUUUUGGCCUCGGCUACAGAAGCUUGUGGCGUUAAGCGCAUUAAUGUGACGAACAACGUGAAACGGUCAUCUUGGUGGGGAACACCGGGAGUAAAAGAAGCCGUUUCAGAGAAAAAGAAGGCUUACAAGUUGUACAUACAACGUAAGGAUUCUGAUUCUCGUGAUCGUUAUGUUGAGGCGCGAAAGGCUGCAAAGCUCGCAGUUAAAGCCGCUAGAGAGGAGGCGUGGAAAAAGUUCGGUGAAAAGCUGGAGCUUGACUAUAGGACGGCAAACAAAACUUUCUGGCAAACAGUCCGAAGACUCCGAGGGAAGAAGAGCAAUUCCAUCCAAGGAGUAACAUCCAAGGAAGGGAAUCUUCUGACCAAAGAGGAAGAGGUUUUAAAUCGCUGGAAAGAGUACUUCUCAGAAUUGCUCAAUCCUCAGCAAGGCACUGAUGAUGACGUACCCACGAGUAAAGGCAGGGAGGAAAGUAGUCCUUCAGAGAGUGAAGUCCUGUAUGCGAUUAGUAAAUUGAAGGAUGGAAAAGCUGCAGGAAUUGACGAAAUACGUCCCGAAAUGCUAAAACUCAUGGGUAUAGCGGGUGCCAAUUGGCUCACACGUGUCAUUAAGGUGGCUUGGCAAAGUGGGAGAGCACCGAAGGACUGGCAAAAACGGGCUACGUCAAUGGCGGCAGCACUUGCCGACAUUAAAGCUUCUGCAUCACAAGAUGCAGGUGACAAAGGACAAAUACACAAAUGGGGAGUAGUUUGGACUACCCCACAGUCACACAUAACGUCACCUUCCGAGAAACCCCAUCGCCUUCUGUUUCUCUAA